CCCUGUAUAUAAGAUGAGCCACUGCAUUGCAUCUCUCAAUAAGUUUCAUCCCCAAACAGUACAAGCUAUCUAGCACUUCCAGUUUUUCUAAUCACCCUCACACUAAAUAGACACAAAAAAUGUCGAGUAGUAUGUGGCAGAAGGCGAAACCCUAUGUGCUUACGAUAGGUUUGCAAUUCGGAAGUGCAGGGAUGUACAUCAUCAGCACUGUGACUCUCAACCAUGGCAUGAAUCGAUAUGUUCUGAUUGUGUAUCGCAAUGCUAUUGCAGCUCUUGUCCUCGCUCCUUUUGCUUUGGUUCUUGAAAGGAAAACGAGGCCCAAAAUGACGCUUUCAAUCUUUCUGCACAUAAUGGUCCUUGGAUUUCUUGAGCCGGUCCUUGAUCAGGGCUUUGCUUAUCUGGGAAUGAAUUACACGUCGGCAUCAUUCACUUCUGCCAUCAUGAAUGCCGUUCCCUCUGUUACAUUUGUAAUAUCCGUCAUUUUCCGGAUAGAGCACGUAAACAUUAAGGAGGUCCGGAGUCAAGCGAAGGUGAUAGGAACCCUAGUAAGCUUUGGGGGAGCUGUGUUGAUGGCUACGUACAAAGGCCCUGCCAUUAACAUAAUAGGCUCACAUGAUAACAGCGACCACCAUGAAAGUAGCAGCACUUCGGGCUCACACUGGGCAAUGGGGACGCUCUUUAUCCUUAUAGGUUGUGUGGCUUGGUCCUGCUUCUACGUGUUACAAUCGGUAACAGUGAAGAAAUAUCCAGCAAACAUAUCUCUUUCUUGCUGGAUAUGCUCGAUGGGCGCCAUGCAAGGUGCAGCAGUAGCGCUUGUUGCAGAACGCCACCCUAGUGCAUGGGCCGUUGGUUUUGACACAAGACUUCUAGCACCUCUCUAUACGGGAAUAGUUAGCUCUGGAAUUACAUACUACGUGCAGGGAUUGGUAAUGAAAACGAGAGGACCAGUAUUUGUAACAGCUUUUAACCCUCUCUGCAUGAUCCUCGUCGCAAUUCUGGCUUCUUUCAUUCUAGCAGAGAAACUUCACCUGGGAAGUAUAAUUGGAGGGUUUAUAAUCGCCAUUGGCCUUUAUGCUGUGGUGUGGGGUAAAAGCAAGGACUACAGUAAUAGUACUAGCCCAACCAGUGAUUCCAAUGAAGCUCGCAAAUUACCAAUUAUUACAACCAACGGAACUAAACUGAGCAUUACUGGUUACAAAAACAGCAGUAACGAGCCAGCAGAGAUGAAAUAUAUGACGGUUCAAAAAUAAAGCUCCAUUGGCAAACCCUAGCUAGCUUUUCGUUCCGGCCAGCUCUACUAUCAAGUUGUGACAUGAACGUACUGCAUGUUAUCAAUCAACAAGCCAGAAUAAGAAUAUAUACCGUGGUCGAUCUUUUUUCUCAGUUAUAUAUGCAUGUAUAGCUCUUUUCUGCA